AUAAAAAUUAUUUAUUUAUUUAUUUUAAAAUAAAGUGUGCAAAAUAAUAAAAAAAAAUACCAAAAUGAAAUUAGACGGAGAAUGUUCUACAAAUAAUGUUAAAGAAAAUUGUGAUGAUGGAUCUAAUGCUCUUUUAUUGGAACCUUUCAGGAAAGGAAGUUCCGUCAAAGUGACAAUAACCCCUUUACAACCAAAAACAUUGACACAUCUGCCAAAACGUCCUCCAGUUGAUCUUGCAUUCACGGAUUUGACAUACAAAGUCACAGAAGGAAAGAAAAACAAUGUAAAAACCAUUUUAAAAUCAGUGAGCGGAAGAUUGAGAUCCGGCGAAUUGACGGCCAUCAUGGGUCCGUCAGGCGCCGGAAAGUCAACUUUACUCAACAUAUUAACAGGAUACAAAACAUCAGGAAUGGAAGGAUCAGUAACAAUGAAUGGUCAUGAACGUAAUAUUAGUCAAUUUCGUAAAUUAUCUGCAUAUAUUAUGCAAGACAAUCAAUUACAUGCUAAUUUAACUGUUGAAGAGGCCAUGAAUGUUGCUACUAACCUUAAAUUGGGGAAUGAUAUCGUUGGAACUGAACGUGAUGAAGUGAUUCAAGAAAUUUUAGAAACAUUAGGUUUACAAGAACAUCGACGAACAAUGACUGGAAACUUAUCUGGUGGACAAAAGAAACGUUUAUCAAUUGCUUUAGAAUUGGUAAACAAUCCACCAAUUAUGUUCUUCGAUGAACCAACCAGUGGUUUAGACAGUUCGUCAUGUUUCCAAUGUAUAUCAUUGUUAAAGACAUUAGCACGUGGUGGUCGAACAAUUAUCUGUACAAUCCAUCAACCGUCAGCUCGUCUAUUUGAAAUGUUUGACCAUUUGUAUACAUUAGCUGAAGGACAAUGUGUCUAUCAAGGAUCCACUCAACAAUUAGUACCAUUUUUAAGUACAUUAGAAUUAAAAUGUCCAUCAUACCAUAAUCCAGCCUCAUUUAUUAUUGAAGUGGCUUGUGGAGAGUAUGGUAAUCAUAACAGUAAAUUAGUAAAUGCUAUUAAAAAUGGUAAAAAUGAUAUACGAACUGGUACGUUACCAGCACUCAAAGAUAGUAAUGAAGAAUUAAAUAAUGCAAACAAAAUUAACAACGUUAAUGAAAAUGAUGAACAAAAUAUGGAUAAAUUUAGCAGUAGCAAUGCGAAUGAUGCAGUUGCAAAUGUUAAAAAUAAUUCUAUUAUUCAAGCCGCUAUGAAUGAUAUAGCUAAAAGCUCAAACAGUAAGUCAUCGUGGAUCACUGAAGAACAACAAGAUGUGGUUAUCCCAAUGGAAGCAAUUAAAGGACCUGAUAAUGUAACAACAGCUUUAUUGGAUGAUACGAUUGCUGUAAAUCCAAGAAGAUACGCCACAUCAGAAUUUAAACAAUUUUGGAUUAUAUUAAAAAGACAAUUACUUUUCAGCAGACGAGAUUGGACACUUAUGUAUCUUCGAUUAUUUGCUCAUAUUUUAGUUGGUUUUCUAAUUGGUGCUUUAUACUUUAAUAUUGGAAAUGAUGGUGCCAAAGUUCUUAGUAAUUUAGGUUUUCUAUUCUUUAACAUGUUAUUCUUGAUGUACACAUCUAUGACAAUUACAAUUUUGUCUUUCCCAUUGGAAUUGCCAGUUUUACUUAAGGAAAAUUUCAACAGAUGGUACUCGCUUCGUUCUUAUUAUUUAGCUAUAACUGUAUCGGAUAUUCCAUUCCAGGCUGUAUUUUGUGUGAUUUACGUAUCAAUUGUAUAUUUCAUGACAGCACAACCACCAGAAUUAUUCCGUUACUCAAUGUUCUUGGGUGCAUGUUUAUUAAUAUCAUUUGUUGCACAAAGUGUUGGUCUCGUCGUUGGUGCUGCAAUGAAUGUACAAAAUGGUGUAUUCUUAGCACCAGUUAUGUCUGUACCAUUCUUAUUAUUCUCUGGUUUCUUCGUAUCAUUCGAUGCCAUUCCAGUAUAUCUAAGAUGGAUCACAUACUUGUCAUAUAUUCGUUAUGGUUUCGAAGGAACAGCACUUGCCACAUACAGCUACGAUCGUGAUAACUUAAAAUGUCAUCAAAUUUAUUGUCAUUUUAAGAAUCCAGAAAAUACAUUAGAAGAAUUAGAUAUGUUAGAUUCUGAUUUUAGAUUAGAUAUUGUUGCACUCAUUGUUAUAUUCAUUAUUUUAAGAAUUGCUGCAUUCCUAUUUUUAAGAUGGAAAUUGAAAUCAGCACGAUAAAUAUUUAUUUUUAAACAUUUUUUUUAAUAUUAAAUGUUU